GACCGCGACCUUGGAGCGGUUCUAGGAAUUGCUUUACUGCCGUGGGCUUCCACACUAUCGCACCGGACCGUCAAAACGGUGCGAUCCUAGCUUACAGACUGCCGCACACGUGCGCCAGUGUUGCCAAGUGUCCCAUAUUUCCGUGUUUUUCAUCAAAUUUUUGCAAUGGAAUCCUUUAUCAUUUUAAAUUAAAUCUUAAGGGCUUCAAUGCGGCUUUGCUUUUUAGAGGUAGGUAGAGAGCCUAAAACAACACAAUCCAUAGUUUUGCAUGAAAAUCUUUGCAAAUCAGUUUCUUUGAAGCAUUGUACCUGCAUAUUUUUAUUUCAUCAACUGGCUACAUUGCCGUCCAGUUGCUAUGACACCACGAAUGUAUGUUUUCAAAUAAGAAUGCCUCCAGUGUUAUCUAAACAAACUAAAAUCGCCUUGAUAGUGGCUACAAUUGCCACUACCACUCAACCUAUAUUUAAAAAGAAAAAGAGAAAGGAAUGGGCCAAAUUUUACCUAAGAGACAGAAAGGCAUAUAGUCACGUACGGCUCAUUAGAGAGCUGGAUGACGAAGAUUUUAAAAUAUAUCUCCGCCUGUCACCAGAUUUAUUUCAGGAGCUGUUAAGUUUAGUCAAACCACAUAUUACAAAAAAAGAUACACAUUUGAGGGCAGCGGUGACAGCCGAAGAGAGGCUGUUGGCGACGUUAAAAUAUCUAACGUCUGGCAGAGACCUAAGAGAACUGAAAUUCUGCACGAGCAUAUCGUCCCAACUGCUCUCAGAAAUAAUACCAGAGACCUGCCAAGCUAUCUUUGAAGCUCUCAAAGACUAUAUAAAGGUUCCUGAAACAGAAGAAGCUUGGCUGAAGAUUGCAAAAGAAUUCGAAACAAAGUGGCAGUUCCAUCAUUGUUUGGGAAGCAUUGAUGGGAAACAUAUUUUGAUUGAAAAGCCACCAAACUCUGGUUCCUUAUACUAUAAUUAUAAAGGAACAUUCAGCAUAGUUUUGCUGGGCAUUGUCAAUGCCAAUUACGAAUUUCUUUAUAUAAAUGUGGGCACGAAUGGCAGUAUUUCUGACGGGGGAGUAUUUAAACAUACAUCCUUCUAUAAAAAGUUGUCAUCAAAUCAACUGGAUAUACCUGCACCAGCCGUUUUGCCAGGGUCAGACAUAGUUGCCCCAUAUUGUUUUGUUGCCGACAGUGCAUUUGCUAUAAACGAAAACUUAUUAAAGCCUUAUCCACAGAGAAAUUUGACCCAAGAAAAACGAAUUUUUAAUUACAGGCUGUCAAGAGCCCGAAGGGUCGUUGAAAACGCAUUUGGCAUACUUUCAGAACGAUUCAGAAUUUUUAAAAAACCAAUUACAAUUAAUGUAGAAAAUGUUCCAAAAGUGGUAAUGGCGACUUGUGCUUUGCACAAUUAUUUGAGGAAAACCUCCUCAAAUUAUGUAACCACAAAUUGUGUUGAUGGGGAAGACACAAAGAACAUUUCUUUCAGACCAGGUGAUUGGCGUAGAAAUGAUAUCUCGGUUGGUAUUGUCAACACAGAUGGACGAACUGACAGACAACGUACUGCAGAAGGAAAUGCUGUUCGGCAGAAAUUUACAGAAUAUUUUAACAACCAAGGUCGUGUUGAUUUUCAAGAGCGAAUGAUAAAUUUAGUGCAUUAAUCACACUCUCAGAAAGUCUCAUUUUUUGUUCUACUAAGGGUAAAAUUAUAAUAAAUGUUAGUUAUUAUUAAUAGUUUUUAAUUCAUUUGAUCCCAUGAAAACGAUUACAAACUGAUUUAUCCAUUAUUUAAAAAAUCAUGUUAAGCUCGCCAUGCAAGCACUCUAGAAAUGUUUACCUCAACAUCCUUUGUUGGAAAGUUGUCAACUGGAAC